AUGAUGGUAGAAACUACAGCUCACUCGCCUAUGUUACCGUCGAAUGAAGAACCUAUUGAUAUAAAUUUUGCGCAAACAAGUGUAACAGACCCUACAUUAAUGGAAGAAUCAACAGACCUUGCAGUACCGAUGGCGAGUCCCUUGCCUUUGAAUGACGAGGUCGAACAAUAUGGUGAUCUUAAUUCUGGUCGAAAAAGAUGUUCAAAGGGAUGUUCAGUGAACAAAAACUGGACUAAAAAUAAUAACAAGAAACUUAGAAUGGAGGGAAAAGAAUAUUUAGGGUAUAGGCGAGAUAGCAAUGGUCCAAAGUUUAGGGUAUUACAUGACACUAUUAGGCCAGCCCGAAUAAUUGGCCCUCGAUGUACUUCCGAGUUUUGUAAAAAAUCAAAGCUUCGUGCUUGUGAUACAAUUCCAGAAGAGGAACACACCCUUUUCUCCAAUUACUGGAAUAAUAUGACGUGGGAACAGCGUAAACAAUACGUUGUAUCAAAUGUUCAGCCAAAAAAGGAUCAAUGUGACACAUGCUGUGCGUUCAAAGCAGGUAAUAUUGGCGAAGACAUCUAUCACAAUCACACUAAUCGAAAAGAAGCAGCUAGAGAGGAGAAAAAGAAAGACAAGGACCGAGCAUUAGCAGGAGAAGCACACGUAUUUACGCAUGACCUCCAAUCAGUAAAGUUGUGUCCGAUGUUGCAGGCUAGUGCAUUGUACUAUAAAACUAAGCUCUGUGUGCACAAUUCCAUAAUGUUUAACCUAGCCACAAAAGAUGUCCAUUGUUACUGGUUUGACGAGCAUAAUGCAGGAUUGGUGGCUUCUGUUUUUGCAUCAUGCGUCAUAGAUUGCCUGAGUUGUUUUGAUGGAUGUACAUCCCAAAACAGAAACGUUGUUUUAGCGAAUGCUCUUUUAGAUUUAGCCAUGGAAUAUAAUGUCGUAAUAACACAGAAAUUCCUUGAAAAAGGUCAUACCCAAAUGGAGUGUGACUCCAGCCACAUUGCAAUUGAAUGCAGGCUUGAAAAUAAGGAGAUAUACUUACCUUCCCAGUAUGCCACUAUUUCCAACUUUUUAUCAUACGACUUUUUUUUGACUACUCAAACAAAGCUGAUUUUUUGUACGAGUCCAUCCGGCCUGGCCGAGUUGCCAACGAUCCUACAGUCACAGAUUUGA